AUGGUUAAUAUUCCCACGCGAUCUGGCCUGAGUUCAUGGUGGAGGACUGAGCUGCACCAACUAGACAGCCACAUAUCGUCCGAGUCUGUGCCGAAGGAAGCAGACGUUGUGAUCAUUGGAUCCGGAAUAUCUGGUGCAUCAGUUGCAUACCAUCUUCUCCAGCAACAUAAAGGAGCCAACCAACCAAACAUUACCAUACUUGAAGCACGACAAGCAUGCUCCGGGGCAACGGGUCGGAAUGGAGGUCAUCUCAAACCAGACCCGUACAGCUCUAUCGGCCAUUAUGCCGCAGAAGAAAGCAAGAAAGCCAAGGCUGCUUUUGAUCAUUUAUCAAAUUUGGGACUGAAGUCGGUCAAACGAGUAAGCUUCUCUGACGAAAAGGAGGCGGAAGAGACAUCGCGUGUCAAAGGAGCAAAAGGCUGUUUCAGUUAUGAAACGGGUCAUAUCUGGCCCUAUAAAUUGAUCCUCCACAUUCUUAGUCGCUGCAUUGACCAAGGUGCAACACUCUACACACAUACUCCGGCUCAAUCCAUCUCACCAGAAAAAGACAAUGCGGGUUUAUGGACGAUCAAUACACCAAGGGGCACAGUCAAAGCAAAACAGGUGGUCUUAGCCUGCAACGCAUACACUUCGGCAAUUCUUCCCAUAUAUUUGAGCAAAUUUAUCCCAGUGCGCGGAGUCUGUUGCCGAAUAGUACCUACUCAUCCAGUGAAGAGGCUUACAGAGACAUAUACCCUACGGUGGAACGAUGAUGAGGCAGACUAUCUCAUUCCCCGAGAUGACGGGAGUAUCGUCGUUGGUGGUGGCUGGAGAAUAUACAGCCAUGACACAGGGAAAUGGUACAACAAUGCAAAUGAUAAUGAGAUGAUCGAAUCUGUCAAGGAGUACUUCGAUGACUACAUGCAACGGAACUUUCACGGCUGGGAAGAGAGCGGUGCAUAUGUGGACAAGAUUUGGACUGGGAUCAUGGGGUAUUCUUCGGACUCAUUGCCGCAUGUUGGCCAUGUCCCCGGAAAGCCAGGUCAGUUCAUCAGUGCCGGUUUUACCGGCCAUGGAAUGCCGCAAGCAUGGCUUUCUGGGAAAGGUGUGGCAGCGAUGAUCUCGGAUGGAGUCUCAUUUGCUGAGUCUGGUGUCCCAAGAAUCUUCCAGACUACUCAAGCUCGCCUGGAUCAGGACCGAAAUGAUAUGCUUGAAAUGAUUCAUCCAUCGUAUCCGCGGCUGUAG